UUUUUUUUUUCUAUCAACAUGGAUAUUCUUGAUUCAGUAGAAGCAACGCCUUCAUCACCGUUUAUAUCUUCCACAGCUACAUCUUUAGAACUUCCAAAUUCACCCAUUCCACCUAUAGAACCUGAGUCUUUGGGUUCUUCUCCACGACAAUCAUCCACUCAUUCAAGUAGUGCACGACCAACAACUUUAUCUUCUUCCACGGCACAUUUUCCUCUGGGACAAAUACUUACCAGAAAUACCUCUUUCUAUGAUAUACCCAUAACAGAUGCGUUUACCGAAUUACUUGAAAGGUAUAUACCUCCUGAUCAACGACCUGAACGGCAACAACAACAACAACCUCUUAUCCAUCUAGACGAUAAACCUGAAGGCUUGAUGACUAUGGUGAUGAAUAAUCAUUGGCGAGCAGUAGCAAGAUAUGCACGACAAAAACUAGUUGAGACAUCACCUCAAGAUGCUGAUACGAUUCUUCAAUUAUGGUAUGUUCGGUUAUUAGCAUUAUAUCAAUUACAAUUAUAUCAACUAGCAUCGGCUGAAUUCGAGAAACUGACGGAUUUGCUUCAACAACCAAAAGACGAUAAGGUACCUUUUGAUAUGCGUGUGCUAUGGGCCAUUUUACCAUUUAAACUUCAACAUCCUUUGAUCACUCUGGAACGCUUAUCCACCCUGGCCAUUCAAUGUCAGCAUCAACAAUCACCACAACGAGAAUAUCAAGUCUAUCUUAUUCUUGCAACAAAGUUGAUUCAAAUGCAGGAUUAUCAUGCUGCUGCUAAUACUUUGAAGGCUGUCUUACGAAAGGUCAUGUCCAUGGAUCCUCUUUCUUCUAGUCGAUUGGAUCUCUUUUCUAGUCUUGGUCGACUUUAUUUACAGUUGGGUGAUCUUAUUACAGCCGAACAAAUGUAUAAAGAAUUGGAACGGAUAGAACAACCUAGUAGUUUAUUACAAGAAACAAUCAAAACAAACAAAGCAUUUUUACAUAUGGCAAAAGGAGAAUGGACUCUUGCAGAGCAAAUAUUAGAUCAAGUGGUACAACAAAAUAAUGAAAACCUUACGGCGAUGAAUAAUCUGGCGGUGUGUUUGGUGUAUACUGGGAAAUUAUCCAAAGCCAUGGCUCUAUUGGACGGCAUGAUUAAACAACAUCCAGUAUCUGCUGGUACAAGUCCUAUUACUUUGAUGAAUCUAUGUACUCUCUAUGAACUCCGGUUUGAUGGUGCUGGUUUGAUUGGGAAAAAAGUGCAACUCACUAAAGACAUUUCUCGAUGGGUAGGUGAUUCCUUCCAACCUCAAUGUGUCAAAUUACCUUGAUUUUAUAGUGGAC